UUACAAAUUUUUCCUUCAAAACAGUCAACAAUCAAUACGAUUUUUCAACUAAAUCAGUUGAUAAUCAUCAUCAUCAUUUUUACUCCUUUAAUUGAUUAUCUUAAUUAAUUAACACAACAAAAAAAAAUUUUCUCUAAUUAAUUGAUGAUCAUUAUUGAUUAGUCAUAAUUGUGUAUUCAAAUUUCCUGAUAAAUUGUUUCUCAAUUGAUUUGAUUAACUUUGGAAACUUUUUUCUCUCUUUUUUUUCAAUUAUGAUUAAUUGAUUGUUUCCUAAUCAUCAUUGAAUCAUCAUCCUCAUCCUCAUCCUCAUCAUCAUCACCAUCAUUAUCCUAUUGAUUAACUAAAUUGUGAUUAUUAAUUUUUGGAUUACUCUUUGUGAUUUAACUAACAAGUUGAUUGGACAAUUUAAUGUCUCUAUCAAAGUGAUUAAAACUUGAUUAACAUUUGGAUUUAAAUUGUUUUGCGUGUUUCUCUUUGUGUGUUAAUCAGUUGAGAAGCAAAUAAAUAAAUUGGAAAAUUAACUUAAUUGUGAUCAAUUGAUAUUCAUUGUCUAAUCACAAACAAUCUUAAAUCAUGUCAGCCACUAAUCCAUUGAGUAUUUGGCCAUUUUUAACAGGUUAUCCUUUUCAAGGUUUGAAAGCUUUGGGCUAUUCACCAACGGCAGCAUCUCAAGCGGCCGCUGCCGCUGCCGCUGCUGCCGCUGGAAAUGUGCACCCGCUGUCGCGAGCUGGUUUCCUGAGUGGAUGUCGAUGUGCUGAGUUUCCAGGAGAUUGUGCUUAUCAUCCAAUGUUAAUUAAAGAUCGGACAUCAUCAUCCUCAUCAUCAUCAGGAAAUAACACCAAUACCACCUCCAACAGCACCAAUAACACCAACAAUCCCACCGAUAACCGUAACAACACCUCCAACAGCGGCAACACCAAUAAUAAUAAUAGUAAUCCAAAUAAUAGUACCAAUAGUAGCAAUAAUAAUAGUAAUAGUAAUAACAGUUCAAAUAGUAAUAGUGUUAACAAUGGUUCUAGUGGGAACAAUCAACAUCAUCACCAACAAUCACUUCAUCAUUCAGUUCAUCAUCAAAUUCACCAGCAGCAAUUACAUGCAAUUAAUAGUCGACUUCACGGUUCCAACUCUGGUUCCAAUUUGAUUUCCAAUCAUCAUCAAAAUCAACACCAUCAUCAUCAACAGCAACAACAACAACAACAACAACAACACCAUCUUAAUCAACAGCAUCAUCUUAAUCAUCUUAAUCAUCAUUUAUCACCAGUCGGUUUAACCGGAACCAUUAACUCUGGACCAUUGAAUAUAAUUCAACAUCAUCUUAACGGUAAUUCUGACCUUUCCAAUCAGAGUAAUCGAUCUGUUUCAUCAGCUGAUUCAGUUCAAAUGUCUCGAUGCUUGGUUGGUCCUGGUGAAGAUGAUGAUCUUGAUAAUGAUCUUGAUGAUUCUGAUGAUGAUGGACAUGGUGAUCAUUCACCAGACGGAAGUUCUAAACGACGUCGAACCCGAACCAACUUUAAUUCCUGGCAAUUGGAACAAUUGGAAAAAGCAUUUGAAGCCUCACAUUAUCCCGAUGUUUUCAUGAGGGAAUCACUUGCAUCUAAACUUGAUCUCGCCGAGGCUCGAGUUCAGGUUUGGUUUCAAAAUCGACGAGCUAAAUGGCGGAAAAAGGAGCACACCAAGAAGGGUCCAGGUCGACCAGCUCACAACGCUCACCCGCAGACCUGUUCGGGUGAUCCAAUACCUCCAGAUGAAAUUGUCAAGCGAGAUCGAGACAAGGGAAAGAAGAUGAGAAAACAAUUAGAGCGUCAAGCUAAACGAUUACAACAAUCUAAAUUAAAGCCUGGUGUAAACACGGCCUCACUUACCGAAGGUAUUAUUCAAUCACUUGUCGAGUUGCGGUCACUUAAUAAUCGUAAAGAACCACGAGAUUUGGUGGGUGGGGAAAUUUUCGGCCUACUAAAUGAUGUGCUCAAUGUUGAUGUUUGUGAAAUCAUGAGAAAACCACCAAUGAUUAGUAAUCAUCAUCAUCACCAUCAUUCUCAUCAUCAUCACUCAUCUCUUUCACCAAAUUCAUCCUCAUCAUCGGUUUCAAUGUCACCCUCAUCAUCUUCAUCAACCACACCUUCAGGUUCACUUUCAGCGACAACAAUAACAACGAUAACACCUUCAUCAUCUUCAAUUUCAUCCGCUUUCCACUCCAAACAACAAUCAACACCAAAUCCCACCAAUGCAUCCUCACGAUCAAAUGUUCAACUUAUUGGUCUCGGAGGUAACGGUACUAGUGGCAGUGGUAAUGGCGGUUCCAAUGGCGGUGGAGGUUCAGGUUCCUUUUCACCUCUUGCAAAUGCUCAAUUUUCAUCAUUAUUAUCAUCUCAUCAUGCUCACGCUGCUCAUCAUCUUCAUCAAUUACAUCAAAAUCUAACUGCCCACAUAACCGCAUCAACUGGACUUGGAUUUCAUCCUUCAACUGCAUCAGCAUUCAAAUCAAAAUUUAAUUCCUUCUCAAUUGAAAAUCUGCUCUCUAAUUGCAAUAAACAGAAUCAAUUAUCAUCAUCAUCAUCAUCAUCCACCACAUCAACAGGUAAUCAUGUUAACAAUUCAUCUAAAGGUGAUAAUGAAAUAUCAAUAACUCAACAACAACACCAACCGUAG